AUGGAGAGGAGCCAGAAGGAGAAGCAGCUGGCUGCGCGGCGGGCUCAGCACCACCACCACCUCCAGCAGACGGGCCAGCUCUUCUCGGGGCUCCUGUGCCUCAACGUGGUGCUGCUGGGCACGGCCGUCAUCUGCAGCAUGAUCUUCAACAGCGCCGUCACGCUGCACGAGGUGGGCAUCCUGCUGGCCAUCUGCAAGAUCAUCUCGCUCCUUUGGUUCCUCUACUACAUGGCGAGCGCCAUGCAGCGGCCCUGGGCCGUGAACUUCCAGGACACGCAUGCCGGAUCCAUCUGGGUGAGGGGCUCCCUGGUGCUGUUCGGUGGCUUCACCAUCUGCCUCAACGUCUUCCGGGUGGGCUACAGCGUCAGCCACUUGGAGUGCAAGGAGCAGCUGGAGCUCGUCUUGCCCUUCAUCGAGAUGGUCUUCAUCGGCGUCCAGACCUGGGUGCUCUGGAAACACGCUAAGGACUGUGCUCAGGUCCAGACCAACAUCACCAGGUGUGGCCUCAUGCUGAGCCUGGCCACCAACCUGCUGCUCUGGAUCCUGGCGGUCACCAACGACUCCAUGCAUCUGGAGAUCGAGGAGCACCUAUUCAGUGAGAAGUUGGCAGGCAACAUCACCAACAGCAGCCAGUGUAUGUGCCCCAGCGGAACGUUGUGCGACGUGUUCCAGAAAGGCUUCCUGAUGCUCUACCCCUUCAGGACCGAGUACUGCCUCAUCUGCUGCACGGUGCUCUUCGUCAUGUGGAAGAACGUGGGCCGCAGCCUGACCCACCACGCCUCCCUGCCCCGGCACGCCGUGCCCUUCCGCAUGCAGGGGGCCAUCUUUGGGCCGCUGCUGGGCGCGCUGGCCAUGGUGGCGGGCGUGUUCGUCUUUGUGCUCUUCCAGAUCCAGGCCAGCGGCAGUUCCAUUGCGCUCUGGUACUUCACCCUGUACUACGCCUUCUACGUGGCGAUCCUGCUGCUCAUGAGCCUGGCCUGCCUCACGGGCCUGGUCAUCCAUGAGCUGGAGGAGCGCGAGCUGGACAUGGUGGAGAACCCCACGCGCAGCCUGGAUGUGGCGCUGCUGCUCGGCAUGCCCAUCGGCCAGAUGGCCAUCGCCUACUUCUCCCUCGUGGCCAUCAUGGCCAGCCGCUCCCACGAGCAGUUCAGUGACCUGCUCCUGGCCUACUCGCUGCUGGUCGUGCUGCAGCAUGUGCUCCAGAACCUCUUCAUCAUCGGGGACCUGCACCGCCAGCCGCUGUGGGAGACGGCGCCCCGCAGCCCGGAUGCGUUAAAGCCGGAGGUGGAGCUGAACGAGGGGCACUCCCUCAUGGACUUGGGCCAGAACCUCCGGCGCCUCUCGACGGCCUACCUCCAAUCCUACAGCAACCUCAACUGGAAGCGGCGGAUGCUCAAGGAGGUGUCCUUUUUCCUCAUCCUCUGCAACAUCACGCUGUGGGUGAUGCCAGCGUUUGGCAUUCACCCCGAGUUCAAGAACGGGCUGGAGAAGGAUUUCUACGGCUAUCACGCGUGGUUCACCAUUGUCAACUUUGGGCUGCCCCUGGGCGUCUUCUACCGCAUGCAUUCUGUGGGGACGCUGGUGGAAGUCUACCUGGGGGCUUGA